UGCUCCACUGUGCAGCCACGAACGGCACACUUGUCCCUCCGCGUUGGCAUAAUAAUAGAACUGACAAUCAGGGAAAAAAAGGCGCCAUUUUUAAUGUCUGUGUUACUGGUCAGUGCUUAGACCUCUGCUCGUAUGUGUUGUGCUGCUGGUGAUUCUUUUUUUGGAGUAAAAUGCCAAUUUUGUUCCCUCUUACUUCGCCGUUCAUCAUUGUCACUGUAAUAUCCAGCUGCAUUGAAUGGUCAUUCUAACAGCCCCUCUGACAGAACACAAAGCAAAUACAAUAGUGGAGCCAGGGAUCAUUCAGUUGAAAGAUGGCCCAUUCUACCACUGAUCCUCAUUAAAGAGGAUAAGUCCAUCUUGAAAGUGGUAACAUAAUUGCAGGUGAAACAUAAAAUGAACAGACCUCACCUGCUGUAUUUCACUGGUGGAAGCUGUGUUGCCUGAUGUUGCUUGAGUUGGACUGUUUUUCUCAAAGGAGGUAGCUGUAGGUUUGGAUAUGUUGCAGUGUUGUCCAUCAUGACAAGAGGAGUUACAUGUAUGUAGUAAUUGUGUGUAAAAAAAAAAUAUAUAUAUUUUUUAUAAAUAUCAUGACAUAGAUGUAGCAGAAAUCAGCAGCAAUGUACUUUAUUGUCACUGUUCAGAGAUGAAGUGGAAGAGAAGAACUAACAUUAGUUUAUUGUAAACAGAAACAUGGCAGCUCAAUAACAUAACUGAAAGCAAAGUCCCAACUUAGUUUACUGAGUAAUAACAAAAUGUGGAUUUAUAAAAUGAUGCACUGCCUCAACCUGUUCACACAGCAACAGUUUAAUAACAUACAAAAUGUUUGAUUCAUUAUUUUUGAUUCAUUCAUUCAUUUACAAGUCAUCUUUAUGUGACUAAAAAUACUGGACAAGAAACACAAUGAAGUAAAACUGUCAUUUAAAAGCUGAAAUACAAACACUUGUACCAUGAAGAUAAAUUACAUCAGAACUAUAUGUAAAUGACACAUGAUGUUACUGAGGACCUGCCCCUACAGCUUGUUAUUCUGUCCUGAUAGGUGAUGUGCAAGAAUAAACAUUGUUAUAAGUCAGUAAAAUUGAUGAUGUAGUGAUAGGACUGAACUCAGUUACGGGAUGAACCAGAGCAAAGUCAUGAGGGUAUUUUCAGAUAACACGUUGCUCUUGCCAAUGUUGUACUGCUGCUUUUCCUCUGCUAUGUCCUCCUCUCUUUAUUCCUCUUGUCAGUUACAGGGACAGUUAAAUCUGAAUGGAAUGCACAAAACUGGAGAUGUGAUUCUAGGUGGACUUUUUGCAGUCAACUAUAUUUCUGCGGAUCCUGACCUGACUUUUACCUCAAAACCACAGCUGCCGACCUGUUACAGUUUUGAUGUCACAGGAUUCAGACAUGCUCAGUCCAUGGCCUUUGCUAUUGAUGAGAUCAACAGAAACUCCAACCUGCUUCCUAAUGUGACUCUGGGAUACAGUUUGUAUGAUAACUGCAUCAAACUAGGCAUUGCAUUUCAUGCAUCACUGUCCUUGGUCAGUGGUCAAGAAGAGCAAGUUACAUUAGACAAGAGAUGUGUAGGAACUCCUCCAGUCCAAGGGAUAGUGGGUGAUUCUUCCUCCACACGUUCUAUUGCCAUAUCCUCAUUGUUAGGUUUGUACAGAGUGCCAAUGGACGAUCCCGAGUGAUGCUUUUCAG